UUUCGCACCGUGAGCACUGUAGUGUUUACUCUGCCAAUCAUCUUAUUUUGGUGAAUGGCUAAAAAAUGCCCGUGACCUGUCUCGUGACAUUUCGUGAUUGUAAACUCUGUCUGUGAUUACUCAUUAACAUUAAAAUAAAAUUACCAAGUAAUUUUAUCUUAAUGAAAGAUUGUGAAUGACUAAUGUAGUAACAAAUGAUCUUUUUUAAAACAAUCGAAUGGUGAGUGGUGAAUUAAAAAACCAUCAAAUCGUUGUAAAAAUGCAGCAAGACAAGCAAGACCUCCCUACGUUGGGCAACUCAACAUCCACGGAUUUAAGAGAAGCUGAAUCGUCGACUGAUUCAAGUCUGAAUGCUACUUUACCAAAUUUUACUCUACAAAGUGUGGCACUGGGUCUCCAAGGUGCUCUUUUAGCAGCUAUUCAACGGGCUGCUCUUUUACCACCUGGUCCUGCAGCUGCUGCACUUAAUCUUCAAGCUCUGGAAACUUAUUUGACUCUUCAUAGACUUCAUGUCUCUAGUGCGACCGCAAGUGUGUCCUCAACAUCGUCCAAUUAUUCUUCAGGUGUUACAUACAAUCAAAGAUGUUUGGUUAAUACUAAUACACCUAUUGGAUUAUCUGGAAACUCUUUGAGUAUUAAAAGUGAUGGUCUAAAUAUUGAUGUGCUUCAAACAACGUCUCUAGAUGAUGAUGAAGUAUCACAUUUAGAUUUUGUUACUGAUCCUGAAGAGGAUCUGGCACUUUUAGAAGAAGAGGAAGAAACACUUUUACAUGAAAAUUUAGACAGUUCUUCAAGUUCAACUAUCAAUCAUGAUUCUUUACAUCAAAGAAUUGGUGAUAGCAAUCCAACUUCCUCCACUUUACCGUCGGUUUCACAAUUAACCACUAUAGCUACUUCUACUUCCACCACAGUUCCUGCUACAUCAACCUCCAGUGACUUGAACUCAACUAAAAGCUGUAGAACAGCAAGACCCAAGAAACAAUUUAUCUGUAAAUUUUGUAGCAGACAAUUUACUAAGAGUUACAAUCUCCUGAUACAUGAGAGAACACAUACUGAUGAAAGACCAUACUCAUGUGAUAUCUGUGGGAAGGCUUUCCGACGGCAAGAUCAUCUAAGAGAUCACAGGUACAUACACAGUAAAGAAAAGCCAUUCAAGUGUGCAGAAUGCGGAAAAGGAUUUUGCCAAAGCAGAACCUUAGCAGUUCAUAAAAUCUUACACAUGGAGGAGUCACCACACAAGUGUCCAGUUUGUGCUAGGAGUUUUAAUCAACGGAGUAAUUUGAAAACUCAUCUUCUAACCCAUACAGAUAUUAAACCAUACCACUGUGCAUCUUGUGGUAAGGUUUUUCGACGAAACUGCGAUCUCAGAAGACAUUCUUUGACUCACAACCUUGGAGUUGCAUCUUCCUCACCACCUCCAAGUCUUUCAGUACCUGGAUCCAAUGCACCAGUACUUCAAGAGACUUCAUAGUGUCAAAGCAAUUAAAUGUUUAACAUACUAGAAAUAAAGACAAAUAUCAAGUUGCUAUUUAUCUAA